UGCUUUUAGGGUGAAUAUAUAAGGGAAUUUGGGUUAUCUAGCAUGACUAACACGUAAAGCCUGUUCCGGUGACCUUAUCUCUCUGCAUCCUUUUUCCGGUGGUAAUAUGAUGGGGAAAAUGUUGCCGCCGGAGAUGAAAAUUGGCAAGAAAUCGUUUCCUCCGAUGUCAAAGUGCGAUUUAUCAUCGGUCAGCAACCUCUCAAUUGCUGCGGACCUCGACGGAACCCUACUGAAAGCGAGCCUUCCUUUUCUAUACUACGUACUCCUCGCAAUCGAAGCCGGCAGCCUUCUCCGCGGCCUAAUUUUGAUGCUCUCUCUUCCGAUCAUUGCAAUAGUGUGUAUUUUCAUCUCCGAAGAUUUAGCCGGAAAGAUACUGAUAUUCCUCGCAUUCUUCGGGGUUAAGGUCAGCGACCUUGAGAACGCUUCGCGCGCCGUCCUGCCGUGGUUCUACGCGAUGGAUGUGAGGAGCGACAGCUUCGAACUGUUUGAUAGUUGUCGGAGAAAGGUAGUUGUGACGGCAAACCCGACGGUGAUGGUGGAUGCGUUCGCGCAGGAGUUUUUGGGAGCGGAUAAGGUGCUUGGAACGGAGAUCGAGGUGGAUCCGUGGACGGAAAGAGCUACCGGAUUUGUGAAAGCGCCUGGUAUUUUGGUCGGAAAAUUGAAGAAGAUGGCUGUUCAAAAGGAGUUUGGAGAAGAUAUGCCUGAUAUCGGACUCGGUGAUCGGAAAUCUGACCACGAUUUCAUGUCCAUUUGCAAGUAUGAGAGAAAGACACAAUCCAUGUUUGUCUCCAACAUUUUCACCAACAAAAACUUGCCGUUCAACAUUGUGGCUAUUGUGAGACGGUGUUUGCCACCGGCAAUGAACUAUUACUUUGGAGGCAAAGGGGUGGAACUCUUAAAGUUUUUUGGAGGGCUACAUGGUGCCAAGAGACCAUUCUGCAAGCAUAAUAUCACCAUAUCGUCUAAAAAACAAAAUGAUCUUCCAGCUCCACCACAACCACAACCACAACCACAAUGACUCUUCACUCCAACAACCAAGAAACGCUCUAAUCACCACCUACAUUCGACUGCCAUUCACAUUCAUCCAUUCAUUUGUCAGUCUCUACUUCAAUCUUUCACUACUUAAAGCAAUCAUAAGAUCCGCAAUUUAUUAAGUAUGUUAUACUCAUAUAUAUGUAAACCAAAUAAUUAUUGUAAUAAAAGAAAAAGGUUUAAUUGUCUUGUAUUAACAUCAAA